AUGGCAGAACUCAGUAUUGGGCUCGGGAAAGUUUUGCUCGGUCUAGGAAAUAUUGGAGCAGGCGUUGGGUUUGGCGUCGCCGAGAAAGAAAAGAUGAACGAAUUAGACAGCAAAGCGAAAAAGCUUAAACAAGAUGUAGACAAAGCCAGCGACCUCUACGAUGAAGUGUACUAUCGGGUCGCUGUUAAUCUGGACCGCGUCAAGAAAGCUCUCGACAAACUACCCAGCGACUUCUUAGACAAGGUCAACGAGCAAAUUGCUAAGGAUACUUCAGCUUCUAAUGCUGAACAGGCAGUGACCACUUUGGGGAAAGUAUUUGGCUAUACCAAAAACACCUUGAAAGUGGCAUCCGGAUUACUUCAGAUUGUCCGCUACUGUCGUCAAAGUAAGGCUGAAGGUGACGAGCCCACUACAGAGCCUCUCCCAGAUCCUUUUGAACCCGUACCAUUGAAUGGCGAGGAACCGCCAGUCGUCCCCGAGGCCGAAAGUUCGUUUUCCAGCACUCCCACGCUCGACAAAAUAAUUACAGGUCUCAAUAUCGCUGGUAUCGUGUUUGGACUGGCAGGCCUUGCCACUACAAUUGGACUGGGAGUCUGGACUCUGGAUAAUUUGGAUAAAGCAAUUAAUGACGUCGACGAAAAGCAGAAGCAAAUAAAACAGUAUCAGAAGGCUAUGACGGCAGCCCUGAAUCAGAUCGCAGCGGAGGCAGGUCUACCACCGAAUAGUUACACUCAACUGACAUCCUUAGCUGCUACAUGGGAGGAGAUUUCUGCAGAAUUUGAUAGCUACCAAAAGGUCCUGAACUAUGCAGUCCAGGGAUAUUUCCAGGAUAGGCCACUUAAAGACAUCAAGGCAAAGGUUAACGCUGAAAGCGACCCGGGAACAUCAUUUCCGGAUGAUGGGUAUCCACUCGCCGAGACCUUGGCAGAUGACAUCCGGCAGUUGUUCCAACAGGGCAAGACAGACAAAGAGAUCGUUAGUUAUUUUGCAAAUGAUAAUCCAAACAUAAGUCAAAGGUUUGUGUUCGAGGAAUAUUUCAUAAGUACACUGCGAAAGUGA